CUCUCCCUCUUCUCUCUCCAGCCGGAGGGUGGGGUGGAGCAGUGGCGGUGGUGGAGCGGCGGCCAGAGUUGAGUGGGGAAGGAGCGGUGGCAACCUUCAACAUAGUAUGUAUUUGGGGUAAAAUUUGUGUGUGUGCUACCUUCUCUCCCAUGACUUCUUGGAUUUGGGCGACAUCGCCGGAGAUGCUGUGCAUCACCUCGCCGGUGCUCACCUCCGUGUCAAAGAAUCCGAUCUCCUGCCUCAGCACCGCCUUCAGGUACUCACGCCGCAUCCGCAGCGCCGACCUCUUGCCGAUGAUCCUCCAGCAGGUGAUCUCUGCUUGCACAGAGUCAGAAACUCAUAAUUCGAUUCAAGAGAUUCCCAAGAAUUGAACUUUGUCAUGGUUAAUUCGCAAAAAUGCUCAUCAAGAUAGGCUCCUACGACGAGACCUGCAGCAAGGAACGCCAUGUACACACUAAUCUGCAUCAAGCAAAAAAAAACGAAAAGGAGAAGAUCGGAUUUGUAUCAAAGCUGAGAAAUCGAAGAAGGAGAAGGAGACGUGUAGCUGUUCGUGGUUGUCGCGCGAGAAGGAGACCUCGCGGGAGGCGGCGGUGGCGGCGGCCUUAGUGUCGCUGUACCGGCGUCGUGGCCGUGCGCGGAGUAGACGGCGGAGUCGGCAACGACGCUGUCGUCGUUGCUGGCGAAGGAGGUGUUGUGUUAGGCACCACGACGAUGGCGCGGCUCGCGUCGGUCACCACGCUCUGCAGCUCCAGCCGCCUGCCGCCACCGGCGACGGGUCUGUGCGCCGACGAGGAGAUGUCGCGGUAGUGCGGGCGGGUGGACCGCCUCGACAUGUAGUAGUCCCUCGCCGUCCGCCGAAACAGCGCGGGGCGGGGAGGAGUGGGCCAGGCACCUGAUGGCGACGACGGCGGAGGGCGGCGGGGUGGAGGAGUCGGAGUGAGGAGGAGCCGGAAGGAGGCGAUGCGGGCCGGCGGUUGGCGUCCGAGGGAAGGAGGCAGCCACACGGCGGCGCCAGACCUGGCACGACGAUGGGCCGGGCCGAGGCAAGGGCGGUGGCCGCAGUGGUCGUCGUCGCGCUCCACCCGCCGCUCGUCGCCGCUCCACCCGCCGCCUGCCACCUCUCAGCUCCGUCGCCACCCAUCUGCGCCGCCCGCCGCCGCUCGCUAUUCUCAGGGGAGAGAGAGAGGGGGGAGAGAGGGAAGAGGAAGUAGAGAGAGGAUAGAGAGAGGGGAUAGAGAGAAUGGGUAGUGAGGAUGAUAGGUGGUGUCCACGUGGGCCCCAUCAUUUAUUAUUAUUGUGUGUGAAACUGAUAUUUGGGUCCUAUAGAUUUUAUUAUAUUUCGGAUCAAAUUGCCACGUAAACGCCACGUCAGAUAAAGACCGAGCCAAAUUAGCCACGUAUGUGCCACCUCAGCUAAAACUGGGUCAAAUACAGCCAAAGGAACUUAUUUAAACGGUUUCAAGUUGGGGACCUAUCGUACCCGGUUUUGUGAUCAAGGGACGAAAAUCAGACUGGGUGAUAAAUAGAGGGAUGCAAAGUGAACUUAUUCCCACAAACUCCUAUGCCCGAGAAGCUAAACAAUCCUGGCCCGGCCCAUUACUUUUGAUGGGCCAGUAUUGCGGGCCCAAAAAACAGGCCUUAUCGUCUCGUGGAAGCAAUCCGCCAAUCACGCCUUCCUUAUAAACGCCCCCGCUUUGAUUCCUCUCCAUUUCGAAAUUUCCGACCGUUGCUCCUCCCCCUUUCCUUUCCCCACCCAACGGCAUCUCGUCUCCACGCGAGGGAUGGCGGCGGCGGCGAGGGAGGCGGCGGAGAGCCCGAACCCUAGGUCGGCGCCGCGGCGUGCGGCGGCGGCGGCGGCCAAGGACGCCAGCAGCUUCCUCAGCCCGCGUUUCCGGUCGGCGGCCGCGCAGGCCGGGUGGGACGAGGAGUCGCUCCUCCACGCGGCGCUCGUCGUCGAGGACACCCCCGUCCGCGAGUCCCGCCGCAGGAGGCGGGCCUCCACCACCUCCUCCUCCGCCGGCGGCGGCGGGAGCGCCGGAUCUAACACUAGGAAGCGGAGGUCGUGGAGGCAGCCGCCGGGAUCGAUCCCGCCGGUGGUUUUUCUGCUCGACGACGACGAGAAGAAGCCGGAUACCACGGCAGAUGGCAAGAAGGAGGUGAAGGAGGAAGAAAAGAAGACCGUCGUCGUUGGGGAGAAGGAGGCCUGUUCCGAGAAAGCAGCGGCAACCAGCGAGCUGCCCUGUAUGGAUCGCCUCCGGGAGGAGCUGUCUUGUGCUAUAUGUUUGGAGAUCUGCUUCGAGCCGAGCACCACGCCUUGCGGGCACAGCUUCUGCAUGAAAUGCUUAAAACAUGCCGCAGCUAAAUGUGGAAAAAGGUGUCCUAAGUGCCGGCAAUUAAUCAGCAAUUCAAGAUCUUGCACAGUCAACACAGUGCUCUGGAACACCAUCCAGCUGCUAUUUCCUAGUGAAACCGAGGCAAGGAGGACUUCAAUCGCUUCAUCCUCAGAAACCAACGACGACUUGGCGCAACAAAUCUCUCAAAGAAGUAACAGCAUGGCACAAGGUGGCAUAAGAAGCAGCAGUUCCAAUGGCAUCGGCUACAUCACGCAGCGCAGCACAAGAAGCAGCGCUACCAACAACAGGAGCUUCACAACAACAGGCAGCAGAAGAAGCACCUUCGUCGCACAGGAGGGCAGCAGCACAGCAACAGGGAGAGGCUUUGUCCGGGCUUCGCAGCUGGUCCCUAGUGCCAGGGUCGUCUCAGUGAGAUCACACCAGUCUGAUGACGCGGCAUUGGCGUACAGGCUGCAGCAGGAGGAGUUCAUGACGGCUUUCGAGAGCGAGGGCGAGAGGCAGCCACCUCGGAGCAGCAGCAGCACGGUGUCCGCUGCUCGAGCGAAUCUGAGAGCUAUGGCCUCCCGGGCCAUUCGUCUCCGAGCUCGUGGCUGGCCUGUCUAGUUUUGGUUGCCUGUUUGUUCUAAUCUUUUCUGCUUACUAAUUGCUGAUUCUUCCUCAUAGUCAUAGCAGAAGUGUCGUGGGGUAUUCUAUUGAGUGGACAGAUGUAAUUUGCUACGAAAUAAUGGUUCUUCGCUGUGUCAAGUGGCCAUCAUUCGUUGGCACUCACAAGGUUCAGUUUGUGUAACAGUCAUAUGGCAUGUCAAGUUAACUCAACUUGUUCAGUGUUAUUGUUCCUUGCUAAUUCGAACAUAGUCGGUUUAGCCUGCUAA